AAAAGUGACAAAGCGUUGUAAUUAAAAAUAUUUAAAGAUAUACAGGAUGGGAUUUUAAGUCUUCAAUGCAAAUAUGCUCUUAAUUGUUGACAUAAAAGUAUCAAAAAGUGUAAUCAGACUUGGCUUUGCAAGUAAUUUUGUUAAUCGAACUUAAGAAUUCCGAAAAGUGAUUGCAGCAGGAACAGUGUUUUAAGAUGGAACUCUGGCACUUUGGGAAAUUUCUCUCCCUUCUCUCCAAAAUUAAAACUGCAUUUUACAACAAUAAAAAUGUAAACAAACAAAAGUUUUUCUUGUUUGGAUCAUAGUGGAACUUUUGGGGCACAUGCGCAUUUAUUUUUCCUUUGUGUUGUUAUUGCUUCUCCUUUCCACUGUUCAUUCUUCCCCAAUUACACAAAGCGGGUCCAUUCUCUCCACCGUGGAGUCCAUUGUGAUUUGUGUGAGAGGCGCACAUUCACCGAAAAAGCGCACUUCGUGACUGAAGCCAAGUAAGGAAGCUGCAAGUAUGUUGAAUUAUUUUAAAGACGUAAUGGCCCCCACAACGCGCAGCUCAAAAGCUGAAGCAGACAAUAAAGAUGGCGGCAUUUGUACUAAAGUGGCGCUUAGUGAAAAUUGUUCAGAAAAUUCUCUGCCACCUCCACAAAUGAAGGGCUACAAAAUCACAGACAACGAACGUACAAAAAAAUACGGCAUUGGCGCAAAUUCAUUACAAAUGCUCAAAGAGAAGGCGAUAUUAAAGUUUCCUAUCAAAGACUUAAAACUGUAUUUGUCAACUGAUGGCUUUGAAAUAUCUGAUGAUGAUUACUUUCAAACGUUGGCGGCACAAACAUUAUUUAUUGUUGCUGGACCGGAUGAGAUUAUAACGACAGAUGCUGACUUUGAAUUUGAAAAGCUGCGCAAAAAUUCUCCUUUACUCCGUGUUGCCGACAUCAUUUAUGAAUUUAUCGAACAUAACCCUGAACAGUUUCGUAAAAUGAUUACAGAUUAUGAAAAUCGUAAGAUUUGUCACAAGCAAGCGCUCGACAGAAAUCAACAACCGUAUGAUAACAAAACUCAAUUUAGUUUGCGCACCGAACAUAGCGAAUGGUUCGAGGGGCAAGAAGAACGCUGUCAUUCAAAGGAAGAAGCCAUGGCACGUCGCGCACAAGAUCGCAUGCGUAGUUACUAUUAUAAAACUAAGGAAGAGCUUACACGCAAUAAACUCUAUCGCCAAAAUCUUAAAGCCCGCCAUAUAAUCGACGCUGUAUUGGAACAAUUUCGCUAUCUGCUCAUCGGUUGCGAUUACUUCUCGACGCUGUUUAAUCGAAAGUGUCCGAAAAAGCAUUCAAUUGUGCAACAGCAUCACGACGACGAAACUGAUGCCAGCGCAAUGCUUCCAAACAAGCGGCUACGACAAGUUAUCAAAGAGUAUACAGCACGCCAUCAAAUAUUGGACGAGUGGUCUGUGUCACUGUGCACCGAACUGGGUGAUUUCUAUUGUCAGGGCAGCUAUUCUGAUAACGGAAACUGCUGUGCUUUGAAACACACUAUUAAUCCCUAUGCGUCGCGAGAAAAUUUGAUACUUUUCCAAGUGUGGAAUUUGGAUCAUCAAAUUGAACUUUCACGUUCCAUAUUGCCAGCAUUAAUUGAUAAUGUACGCAUGCUAGUGGAGCAACCACAAAAGAAAUGCACCUUACAUAAUAAGCGCGUCAUUGACAUUUCAGUGUUGGAAUAUUUCUUGGAAAUAUUUUCGCUGAAAAAUUUGAAACUCGUGCACAUUGUGUGUCAUGAAAAAACGCAACGUGCAAACAAAUCAAAUGGACGUUUAGUGUGCGCACAAUGUCAUGAAUACAAAAUCGUACAGGAGUUGAUGGGUGUGCGUGAAAAUGAAGAGGAUGUGGAUGUAGCAAGUUAAAGAUAAUUUUUGAUACAAUGAGCUCGUGUUGAAAGGUAGGCUCAUUUGAAAUUAUAAAUAAUGGUAAUGUUUUGCAAUCGUUUAGGUAAACAAAGAAUAGAAAGUAGCUAAAAGUAGCUAAAAAUAUUUAAAUCGCGUUUCCUAUGCAAGUUAAGAAGAUAUAACGUUACUAUGGCCUUUUAGGGUAAACUCUUCCAGUUUUUUUUUUUUUUUUACAAACCCUAAAAUUAUACUAGUUUAAGCUAAGCAUUAAGAUAUACAUAUAACUAAGAAGAAAUAAGAUCAAUGGUUUAGUCAAAGCUUCUACUCUUCUCACAGUCCUACACACGCUCACACUUUAUUCUUCGAAUCACAAUAUUGCUAUCAAAAUAUCUACUUAACUUAUAAAAACCACCUUAAAUGAUAUUGAAAAUUCUCUUAAACAACUGAAUAAUAUGCUAUGCAGACUUCUCUUAAAGCAGCCUCUUCAAAGUGAUUUAAUUAUUAUAGUAGUUUCAUAUUCAUCUAAAUUUUCUCCCUCUGGCCGUCGCACUGCUGCUAGACGAAUUCGUAAAUUUUACAUGAUACCCAUCUCCUCAAUUUCAAUGAGAGAUAAUAAUACUGACAACUUCAUAAAUACCUAAAAUAAAUCCGAGGGUUAAAGGAGCUAAUACUAAACAAAAAGUUUAAGGUUCAAAGUAAACUGUAAUAACAAUACAAAAUAGCAAUAUACUUAAUACAUAUACAUAUUUAUAUAUACAUACAUAUUUCUAUACUGCUUAGUA